UAUCAUAGAUAAUCUCCAUUCUCCUUCCCCUGUUCCUCUUUCUCCGUUCCUUUCCUUUACUUCAUCACUGAUUAUAGUAAAUAGUAGGAGUAAUUAUUAUUACUAGCUGCCCUAAAUUUCUGUAAGGCAGCUAAAAAUGGCGGCAAGCUUAAGCGAUCCGUUCUCAAUUGAUUGUUUGUUCGAUAAAGAACGCCAUAUGAUAUUCCUGGAGAUGAUGUACCAAUUACUGCCCAGCGACUAUCAGCCCCAAGAGAUCAACCAUCUCACUCUUGCUUACUUUACCCUCUCUUCUCUCGACAUUCUUGGCGCCUUAGAUCAGGUUGACAAGGACACAAUUGUUUUGUGGGUGUUGUCAUUACAGGCUCAUAAAAAAGAUCAUUACGAAUUCAGCAAUGGACAAUUUUAUGGAUUUCUUGGUUCAAGCUCGUCGAACUUUGCAGCAGAUUUUCACACGGUUGGUUCACAUUUAGAUAAUAGUUCAAAGCAUAACGCUAGUCACUUGGCAAGUACGUAUAGUGCAUUAGCGAUAUUGAAGAUGAUGGGAUGUGAGUUAUCUUUGCUUGAUUCUAAAUCCAUUGUGAUAUCGAUGAAAAAUCUUCAGAAAGAUAACGGGAGUUUCAUGCCGAUCCAUUUUGGAGCUGAAGCAGAUUUGCGGUUUGUAUAUUGUGCUACUGCUAUCUCUUAUUUGUUGGAUGACUGGACUGGAGUAGACAAAGAGAAAGCUAAGGAGUAUAUAUUGAACUGUCAGUCGUAUGACGGUGGCUUUGGUUUAUGUCCUGGUCUAGAAUCUCAUGGUGGUGCGACAUAUUGUGCUAUUGCAUCUCUGCGAUUGAUGGGUUAUAUAGAAGACAAUGUUCUCUUCGAGGGUGCAUCAUCCUCAAUCAUAAAUAUUCCCAUGCUACUCGAUUGGAUGGUGCAGAGACAAGCUGAAGAUGGUGGGUUUCAAGGAAGAAUAAACAAGCCCAGUGACACAUGCUAUGCUUUCUGGGUAGGUGGAGUGUUGAAGAUCUUAGGAGGUAACAAAUUUGUUAGCAAAGAAGCCUUACAUGAUUCACUCUUAAAGUGUCAAUCUAUGUACGGCGGGUUCAGCAAAUUUCCAGGAGAAUUCCCAGAGCUUUAUCACUCAUAUUAUAGUUUUUGUGCAUUUAGUAUUUUGGAAGAACCUGGGUUUGAUAAUCUCUGUGUGGAGCUUGGAAUAAGUAAAAGAGCUGCUUGUGGUCCUUCGAUUAGUUUAUGACCACUUUUCCUGAUUUCUUUAUUGAUAGAUUAGAUGUCUUAUACCAUAUCAUUUGCAAAAUGGAGGUUUGUAACAUCACGAGAGAUGAAAAAUUUUAUUUUUUAUUUUGUUUAUUUUAAAUUUUUAUGUAAUUGUUGAUUGUUGGGAUUGAUUUGUGGUUCAUGUAACAAAGUUUAAUUUUGUAAAAUUAAAACUUUGACAUUAUCAUCAUUCCUUUAAUAUUCUCAUUUUUUGCUAUAACCAAACAAUACAAUGUUUUAAAGGAAUUUGUCCUGAACUUGGGUGAGUAAUUUAUGGAUAUGGGUUGUGCCGCAUUCUUCUUUUUUCAGACCCUGCUAAUAGUUUCUAUGGGUGAGUUACACUGGGUUUGAUGAUAAUGAUGAUGAUUUUAGAUUUGAGUGAGUAAUUUAUGGUGAAUAAGGCAUAAUUAAUAUUUUGUUUGAAGUAAAUGCAUGUAAAUGAAGAAGGAAAUAUUGAGAUACAUUUUUCUCUAUUUGGAUAACAAAUAACGAGGAAAGAAAAAUAAAAAGAUGCAUUUUUCUCCAUUUGGAUAAUAAGUCUUCAUGUUGUUACUACACUCAUUCUACACUCCCAUAGAUUAUUUGACUCUUUUUUAAGAGCAGAUUUGGACAUCUUGAGGCUCUUAUAAGGAAUGAUGGUAGACUUUUAAUUAAAGACUUGGAUGACCUUUGAGCUC